GGAGCGUUAACAAGCUUUUUUAUGGAGAGCAGUUGGGUCAGACGACCAGGUCUUUGACGAACGAGAAGUCCAGUUGACACGAUCCACGCAACAAUCCGGACGAACUCUGGGAAGACUCACUUGUCUACAUACGCACACACACUCAGUUUUUCCGUUUCACUUCAGCGCUCUUCUUCCCUCGUUUUUUCCCCGCACCUUUCUGAGGAGUUUCUUCCUGGGUUUGAUGCUGCGUGAAGAGAGCAGCCAGCCUGGCGGGGUCGUGCGGCGUCCACUCGACAGGGUGUCUGUGGAAACAUGGCCACGACGGAAAACAGAGAAUCGCCGCAAUGGCCAUGCACAUCAAAAUCGUGUACACUGUGACCGUGAAGUCUUCCAGAAUCCCUCCGACGAAAAACCCGCUGAGGCCACCCGCCCACGCAAAGUAUAUCAACCACGAGUAUACUCGCUCCUGCCCCUUGAAGUCAACGGUUCCGGACUUCACCGCCUUGAAACAGGAGGCAAGCGUCUCGCCACACGAAGAGAUCCCCAUCGUUUCCCAGAAAAAACCACAAAACGAAACGCUCGCGCUUCGCAGCCCGCUUUCAACACCACGGGGAACACUGUUCUGAAAACGGUGCGGCUUGCGAACGCGGGAUAGGAGCCGGGACGACACUCCGUCGACAGGUUCAACAGCUUGUUGACAGAGAACACGAUACAAAUUGAGAUGCCUUGGUUUGGAACUUGAAACUGCAGUGAAGUGGACCUAGCUUGCCAUCCGGUCCCUGCUACACUUGCUAAACAGAGGCGGCAUCCGAGCCCAGCAGCCACAGGACAAGUGGACGCUUGCAGAUUGUUCGUUCCCUGAAAUGGAGAAAACUGUGAUGUUCCCAGAAAAAGUGAAAGAAAACGGUGCCCUAAAGACCAUGAGGUCCGUCCUAAAGCGAGACACCGUCGAGAAGUGUCCAAAAUUUCAGCGCAUUUUGCUACAGGAGGCUUCCGGAGAACCCAGAAAAAAGGAAGGGAACUCCACACUUCUUGAAGGCAAUCGGCGAACAAGAAGUGAGAGAAGGGCGGCUUUUGAGAAGCAGGGAACAACAACACAGUCUGAGACGAAAAGUAAGCACAAAAGGUUCACCGUGAAAACUCGGUUCGUCCGAGAGGCCGAAGAGAUCGUCUACGCCGGGCACAGACAAGCGUCUUUUUCUGCGACACUCGACACACAACCUUCUCUGUUUUUUCUCUGACACUGGAGGAGAAUUCGGACAUCAAAAACGACGGAGGAAAGAGAGGAAGCAGGGAAUGCAGUGAGCACACGUCUUGCGGAACACAGCGCGAAACCCCCUGCAACUUUUCCCCUGGCCGACCACUUCUGGGUUUGCUUACCCGACUCCCUCGGCAGAAGCUGCGUUUCGAGUCAGCGAAUUUUCGCCCUUAAAAAAACCGUUGCGCCUUCAAAGUUGUGAAUUCUGCGAAGGUUUUUUCGCAAGCAAGACGUACGGGCACGGUACCUUUUCAGAACAUUGUUGCCGCGAUGUCGCACUGGUGCUGCUGCCUAGAAACGAUGUCGUUUUCCCGCUCCUGAGACAGUAUGCGUGAUCGGCUGUGGAUUUUCGGCGGAGGAGUAGGGCGGCCAGAACGAGCAUGUCGUGCAUCUUUUUUUCUGAUUUGCCUCAGAGGCAUUUUUUCUGUGCGUGUUUUUCUCUAAACGAGGGUUUUGUUUGUCACGAAGCGGCGCGUUUUGCGUUCACCGCGGCCAGCCGCCCUCCCAGACAAGUAGUACCCCCCUCCGUCGAUAGCGUGUGGACGUGUGUGGACCUCAGCUACUCGAAUUCGCGAUUCUUUUUGCGCUCGAGAAACCAGCAGUUGGGCUUCCCCAUUCUGGACUCUGAGGUGUUUUUCCCGCGCUCUGCGUUAACGUCGCUGCAGCGCCGGGCGCUUCUUAUCUGAGGACGAUCCUCUGCGUCCUCGUUUACCGGCUUCCUCCCUUCCCCCAUUCGAGGUGGUACAUGUACGCUCACACAGAGCAGGAGGCAGCAGACGAGAAGUCCCGCGACAUAUUUGUGACUACAUCCUACGCUUUCUGGAAAACGGGGGGACUCAAACUCGACGACUUUCCGAGCGGCCCCGGUGGUGAAUACAGACCGAGGAGACAGAAGCUGGGUACUGCGGAGAACUGACCCAGACGGCGCAGAAGCAAAAGUAAAUCACAAAGAGAACCGACACUUACGGGAGAGAGGCCAGUCGCCUUAGAAAGGACUUCGCGAGGCGACUUUGGUCCGCUAACGCAUGCAGUCCCGAAAAAACCGAACUGCCUUCGCGGGUGCAAGUCGUUUUCGACGCUCGUGUUUCUCUGUUGCAGAGGAUUGGGUUCGUUUUUCACUCCUUCUUGUCGAGGUUCAACUCGGCUGCAUCCUGUUGUGUGACAGACGAACGUUUGCUGUCGCGAUUCUCUCCUGUGCGUGGAAAGAACGCCCUUUGCCCACUCUGAGGGUCACCACGUCGUAGUGUCUGACCGAUCUGUCUCCAGAGCAGAGCUUCCACGUUUCUCGGUUUCCAGAUUCGAGUUGUUUCCACUCUCGACCAUGACGGACAUCUUUAACGAAGUCGAUGAAUUCCUCAUGGAGGACGACGACGGCGAUGACCCCCUUCCCCCUUUCCCUCAGAUGAAAAAUGCUCCGAGUUCCCCGGCUCAACUCACAUGUCAUUCUCUGCCUUCUUCUCAUCUCCCUCCCUCUUCUUCUCCUGCUUCUGAUUCUCCUUCCUCUGCUUCCCCAUUCGCGGACGGCGGAUUUCGAUUCGGGCGUCUCGCGGCGGGGGCUGGCAGAUGGCUCGGUGCGCAUGCAGAGAGGUAUUCUGAAGGCGAGCGAGAGAACUCUCAGAGCGCGUGGACGCGGUUGAACAGCGUAACAGCUGCAGUGACAGAGCACCUGUCUCGCGGAAGAGAAGAGGCAGCGGAAAACGCGAACUGGAGGAACCUCGGCGAGGUGACCGCAGCUGUCGCAGGCCGCAUGGCCGCCGUCUCUUCAGCUCCUGCUGCCUCAGAAGGGAUGAAGUGGGGGAUGGGUGUGUUGAAAGAAACCUUUUCUUCCAUCCAGAAAGAGCUGCUCUUCUCCGAGGAAGAGACGGAAGUCCCCGCCGAGAGGCUCGGAGAGGCGCGCGACCAACUGGAGCAGAGAGGAGGAACGGAGACUCUGGGAGAGGAGAGUCCGGCGCAGGGAGUCAUCGGCGGUGGACAAGGAAGGGAGGUCGGCGAGUCUCGCGGCUCAAGCCACAGCGAAGAAGACGUUCGCGUCGACUCUCCGGUCAGCCGAUCGUCGCAUGCUGCCGUUCAAGCCGCGACAGCCGCAGCCGGACGCGCAGUCGCUGCUCUCUCAGCCCACUUCACUCGCCUCAGAGACCACGGAGACGAAGAAGAGGAGGAACGAGAACAAGCGCGAGCAAGGGAAGUCGAGAGAGAAGAGAGAAACGAGAGAGACGAAGAGAGAGAACGACGCACAGGGAAUCGAGAAGACGACAGAGAAGGGAGAAAGGAAGAAAGAGGAAAAAGCGACGAUGUCGGAGACCCGCCCGCGUCUGUAUGGGACGACGAGUUCAGCGUCUCGGACGAGGAGUCCUGCGACGAGCUGCGGCUGCAUGCAGGCUCUGAAGCUAAGCACCUCUCGGUCUCUGGAGCGAAUUUCAGCGAAGACACCAAAGAGAGAAAACGAGAACAGUCUGAACUCAAAGAAGAGAGACAGGGAGAAGAAGGAGACACUGUGGGGUGCGCGAAAGAAGAGCCCGAGGCGCAGGUGUCUCCGAUGCCUCGCCCAGAAGCAACGGUGCAUGCAUCUCAAGGGGGCUUUCUCGACGAAGAAAAUGGAGACUCAGCUCCCCGUCUGUCUCCUUCAAACGCAUCUUCUCUCGCGUCUUCACCUCUCGUGUCUUCUCCUCCCACAGCUUGUCCUGUCUUAUCUUCUCUGGUGACGUCUUCUCGUUCUCCAGAAAAGGAGGCGGAGGCUUUUUCGUUUCCUUCCUCGAAGUCGGUUUGCUCUCCUGAGUUUCGUUCUUCUCUCUCUCCGUCAGUGCCGGGUCUCGCGGCGCCAGUGUCUGGCUCCUUCCCCUUUCCUGUCUCUUCUUCUCUUUCUCUUUCGCUGUCUCAGUCGUCGCCUUCGUCUGCGUCUUUGUCGCAAUCUACGUCGGCUGUCGCACCUGCUUCUCACUCGGUCGAUUCAGAGGGCAACAGAGAGAGAGAAGACAGCGGAGAGGGAGAAGAAAACAGAGAACGAGGAAGGGGGAGAGCAAUGGGAGAGAGAGAGGAGGAAGAGUGGCGAGAGAAAGAACAGAGAGAGGAACAUCGAGAAGGAGACUCCUCGCUGCGAAGCUGGGAAGCUCUCGACUCGAUUCAUCUGACGCCUUCGAGCGGUGUACGUACAGCGGAGACGAGCAGCAACCCUCAGAGCCACCCGAGUCCAGGAGAUUCCUGUUCGCCGUUCGAAGGAUCUUUCAUGAGUUUUCGUCAGCAGGUUGCUCCUGUUUCAGAAGUGAUUGUAUCGGAGUCUCUCGAUUUACAGGCCGAACGCAGCGCUCCUUCCUCGCAAGGAUUUAACGUCGGCGUCUCGUGCGAAGAAGCGAGGCAAGCCAAAGAAGAAGACGAUCAGUUGGUCGCCCCCCCUCAGUCUCGGCUGGCGCCCCAGCAGCCUCCAUUCUCUGCUUCUUCUCCUCUUUCCGACUUGUCGAGACUCCCGUCAGCAGGCUCGGCGCAAGCGUCUGAGACGCCGCGCGCUCGGCCUGACUCCUCAGAUGGAGGUCCACCCGGAGACCGCCUGCGCGUUUCGGGGGAACAUGAGGCACUGCUUUCCGCGUUUCCAAGACCGGGGAGUUUUGUCUUCGAGAACGUUACAGAAAAGGCAGAAAUCGAAUUCGAGAACAGUUUAGAAAUAGCUGGAAAUCUCUCGAGUCGCUCCGCCGCCUCGCCGACGUCUCCAGGAGAUCGCGCCGCUGCGAGCGAUUCAGGUUCAAGUACACCUGAAGUUGUGGGAUCCGCCGCCAGGCCGCGAGAUGCGAUGCGCCUCCUCGACGAAGAGCAGGAGCGGGUGCGUGAUCUUGACCAUCCUCCGUCGAUUUCUGGGCAUCUCUCUCCCGUUGCUUCUGGGUUCUGUGGAGUCCGCGCGGACGCCCGAGACGAAACGCUGAGUGGAAAGCAGAGGGAACUCUCCUCGCGAGUCGACGACCUUGAAGAGAGCGCAGAACGACCGCACCCUGGAGCAGCGGCGGACGGAGUCGACCGCCGAGACGCGCGAGGUACUUCACGUACACCCGGGAGCGAGGCGUCUCUGGAGAAGGGGGAGGAGGCGAGGCGAGACGCUGGGACUUUGGACGACGCCUGGGUCGGCGAGAAGAAAAACACAGACUGGACAGGAGACGCGAUUCUUCUUGAAGUCGAGGAUGGAAGGCGUAUGGGCGGAGAGAAGUCCAGAGACGGGUGGUCCGGGCCCGGGGAGAACGAGAGUCUGGGCGUCUUCAAACCGAGAAACUGCGUCGUCUCUCUCGCCUCUUCACCUUCUUCUGUACCGUCUUCUUGUCUGGAUGGAGAGGAGCACCGGGAGGCGCUUCUGCGCGCUGCAGCGGCCGUCGUGACGACUGGAGAAAACGAACGAGACCUGGCGAGUCGCCGCAACAGCGGAAGCAGCGCAAGUCGAGGUUUACGUCGCACACCCGAGCCGGAGGACAAGAAGCUCGGGCACCGAGCCGGCGCAGAGUCUGCAGAGAAGUCCGCGAAAGUUGCGGGAUUUCACCGAGACGAUUCAAAUGCUUCCGGAUUCAAAGUCGACUCGGAGGCGAAUUCCGUGAGUGAGCUGAGCAGCGGGCAACCUACGCCGUCCAUGUACGUGCGGCUGCAGAAGCAAAUUCAGCAGAAGGAAGCCUACGCGGCCGAGCUGGAGAGUCGCCUCGAAGAGAAGCAGAUUGCACUCGACAGGCUACAGAGCGACCUCGAACGCGAGAGGAUGGAACGAGAAGAGGGAGAGAGAAGACUCCGCGAAGAAGCGAGGUCACAACAACAAGAGAGUUUGCGAGAAGAAAGUGAGAGAGAACGACAGAUGCAGAGAGAAGUCGAGAGUCAGUUGUCUGCGCAAGUGAAACAUUUGGAGGAGGAGUUGUCUUCUCUCCGGGAGAAGGAGAUGCAGUUGCUCGAGGAGAUCAAGAAGCGCGAGGAGGCCGUUUCUCUGGGGAGAGAGCGAGAAGAAGAGCUGCGUGCAGAGUGGAAGAAAUGCGAGGAGGCGCUGCUGCUGCAGGAGAGACGGGAACGCGAGUUUCGGAAGCAGACGGAGAGAGAACGCCUUGCGGAGAGGAAAUUGCAAGAAGAGCGAGAGACGGAGGCGGACCGGGACUUCAGCGACCGCCUGCAGAGACUUCUCGAAGAAGAAACGAAGAAUCUACAGGAGCAGCUGCACAUCGAGACGCAACUUCACGACCGGAAAUGCGGCGCGUACGAAGAAGAACUGAAGGCGAAGUCCCUCGAAGUCGACUCUCUCUCUGCCCGCCUUGCUGCUCUCUCCGCGACCUUUGAAAAAGAGAAAAACGAGUUGGUCGCUCAAGUCAGAGAGCGCGAAAAACGCGAAGGAAACGAACUCGCAGAGAAACUGCAGCAGACACAAAGACAACUCUCCGAAGUCCAUGCGCGUCUCGACGAAAACGUCAAGUCUCUGGAGGAGGAGCUGAGGCGUCGUCAGGAACUAGAACGCACUCUCGAGGCGCGAGAAAAGGAAGCUGAAGAAGCGAGCUUGGCGCUUCACGAAGCCACAGAGAGAAUUGCUGCGUUGUCGAGAGAAGUCGACGCGGCGCGAGCGGCUCGGGAGAAGCAGCGCGAGACCGAGACGGGGCUGCUGGCCCGCGUCGAGCGCCUGCAGAAAACGGAGACGGAACUGGAAGCCCUCUUGACGUCUGAGUCGACUGCACGCAGACGCGAAAAAGAGGAGUACGACUUGCAAACGGAGGCGCUUCACACUCGCGUACAGGAGGCGGAGAGAGACGCAGCACACUGCCGCUCGAUGCUGGAGAAGAGCGCGGAAAAACAUGCAUCCGACCUGGAAGAGUUGCGGCGGGAGAGGCGUCUGGAAGAAGAGCGCCUCUCAACGCAGCUGCUCGCAGCGUCCUGUGCGUCGGCGGACUGGCAAAAAAUUCAGGAAACAUGGGAACUGGAAAAAGAGGAAAUCGAACGAGAAAGAAAUGCUGCCUUCCUCGCUCUGGACGAAACCAAGGAAAAAAUGAAUCAACUGUCUCAGCAAUAUGCAGCACUCGCGGCGGAUCUCGCGACCAAGCAGAAGGAGGUCGAUGCGUUGAGAGCUUCUUCUCGGCGAGGCAGCGCGCUCUCUGCUUCCUGUGGCGACUGUGCCAAGACGGAGGAGAUCGAAAACGGAGGAAGUGCAGACAACGAAGCAGAGGAGAGACGAGAGAGAGAAGACGAACAAGAUCGCCUCGCGCAGCUUCUCGCGGCGAACGUAGAGAUUAACCUGCUUCAGCGAGAACUUGAAGCUCUCAAAGAAGAGGUCCGAGAAGUGAAGGACGAGAGGGGAGGUCUGCAGGAGAGUCUGAAGAAAGUUCAGGAGCAGAAGGAGAAGGCGGAAGCCACAGUCGCCACCCUGAAGGCGGAGAUGGAAGCAGUUGCUGCGGCGAGUCCGGCGCGGGAGGGCCGCGUCGAGCCACUGGAGGCGCGCCGCGAGUCUGACUUGGCGUACUGGCAAAGUCAGCUGGCGGAGAGAGACCAUAGAAUCGCUCUGUUGACAAGCGAGAGAAACGCCUUGAGUUACCGGCUGCAGCUGAAGACGGUGGGCGGCGACGCAGAGAAGAAAGGCCGCGAAACGAACGAGAAAAGGCUAGGUGGCGACGCCCAGAGAGAGCGCGAGUCCCCGCGCGACGCGGAGGCUCCGCGAGCGAGCGAACUGCAAGAUCUGGAGGCUGGAGAGGAACUCUUUGAGGAGAAUCCGCGCGCAUCUCUUCGAGGAAGAGAAGAAAAGAGAGGAGCUCUCGUCGCAACAGCGCGAAAAGCUGGCAGAGUCGCUCGACAUGUGAAGCUGUACGCGCGAGCCAUCUGGGGAGACCUCAGAAGCGGUGGAUGUACACCUUGGAAAGCAAAGUCUUGGCAACCGAUCGACCGGCCCUUCAAGGAUUUCAGCCGAGUUCUCGCGGACAGUGGAGCCCAUCGCCUCGCUUUCUAUCUUUACUUUCUGCUUCUUCACGUUCUCUUCUUUUUCCGGCUUUUUUUUCCUCCCCUCGGCCCUGCCGCACCAUGCUCAGGAGCUCUCUCCUCUGACGUUGCAUCUUUUGGCGCAGUCCCGACUUUACACCCUCCCUCCCCGCCGUCUUAGGUUUUUCUGGACUUCUGAGAAAACAUGUUUGUCUCCAUCUUCUUCACGACGUCUUCGCCUUCCUUCUCUCAUCUCUCAUCUCAGGGAAAGCAGCUGGGAUGUUUUCGUCGCUCCUUGGGUCUCUCCGUCGCCUCUGCGUCUGUUACAAAGAAGUCGCAGAGCUACGCAUGAAAGAGAAGUCUGGAAUGGAGCUGCAGAGCGUUUUUUAAAAGUGCGAACCGUCGCCGGGAAGUUGUUCUUCUCUCCUCUCUCACUGAAGCGAGAACCAGCGAGUCUUCGGAUGCUGGUACCCUCGCACUGUCUAGGAUAGGAGGAGUUACGAGUUUCAUCGAAGUAAUCGUCUCUGAGGAUUACUUCCAACCUUUCUGUAGAGAAAUCACCACGGUGCUUUUCUAUUCGCUUUUCUGCGGUGUGAAGACUCCGAGCUCCUCCCCGCCUACGGUAGAACGCGAAAUCCACCGACAGUUCUGGGGAUGUCUGCGUGGACAGUUAGGUUCGCUUUGGGGAGAGAAGAGACUGACGAUCUGUCGGAAAAGCGAGAUCGUCAUUCCGUAACCUCCACGUUCAAAUCGCAGUUGAAGUUGUUUGCUUUCUCCUGAACACAGCAAGUGAAUUCAAAAGUUCAACUCUGUACGUCAAGCAGGAGGACGGGAUGUUAGCGGUAUGGUGGUGUCGUCCUCCCUGUGGGUUAAAAGGUAGAUCGCGAAAGUGGAUUUUGAACAGAAGAAAGCGAGAGAGGGAGAGUCGCUUCACGCUGCGUAUAUGUGUGUUUUUCUCAACUUCAAUCUGGAGGUUUUCUCUUGUAACAGAGAGGCUCUUGUGUUGAAUUUCCGGGAUAGAAAGCGGAAACGUGCAUGAGAAAGGACUUCAACUGCGUUUGUAGCAGCUUUUCAAGGUGAAUUUUCUGUCACAAUUUUCCUACGCAAAACAGCUGAGAACGCAGGGUGCGAGGAGCAGGAGCAGUGGCGUCAGUCUUUUACUGGUUGACAAGUGCGUUGAUACACUCGGGCACAGACACGAAAAAAACAAGAUUUCUCACUCAACUCUAGAUCUUCACGAGUCGAGGAAAGACAGAGGUUUCUAGGUGUGUAUCUCGUGACUUUGCUCCAUGUCUGCCGAGACUGUGCAUAUCCAGAACUGCGUUUAUCCAAAUCUCUACCCAUUUCUUCACCUAUCUCUGCUGUUCUGUCAGCGUAUGUCUCUUUGUCUCUAUGUGUCUCUCUCUGACUACAUCUUUACAACAUAUCUACCUCUAUUUGUCAGUCUAGCGAGAUGGAAGAGUUGUACACUUCUGCCGAUCUUUGCGCAUCUUCAUGUUUCUCUAUCUUUCCCUAUAUUUAUCUUUCCGCAGAAUAUACAUGCAUGCAUGUUUCAACACGUUUUAUUCUUCUCUCUUUCGAUAUGCAUGAAUGUAUAUAAAUAUACCUUCAUAUAUGCAUGCACAUCCCUGUGUGACUGUAAAAAUCGAGUGAAAGUACUCAAAACUAGGAACGAGGCUGUUGCGGCGCGCGUCGUCCGAAAUUCU